CUAUACAGCACUGCUCUGGGUUUGGCUCCAGGUUUGGCUCCUGCCCCAGCGCGUUGCAUUGCACAGAAGGGAUGCUCCCAGCCCUGCUGCUCAGAAGCUGUCGGUGGCAUCCAGCCCUGCAGGUUGCUCUGCAGCUGCUCCUGACACAGAGAUCCAGCAGCUCCAUGCUGCUAUCCCAGGAACACCAAAUAUCUCAGACUUCCAGAGAGACAGAGCAGCAAACCCAUCCGCUUACUGUAAUGUUGUUGUUCCCAUCACAUCAUGAUGAAAGAGGGCACAGAGGCUAAAAAAUGACCUCUGUGAGACAGAGCUGUUGCUUCAUUCACCUCUCAUCACAGACAGGACCAUCUCUAUUGGUGACCCAUGCAGACUGCAGGGGCAAUGCAGAAGGACAGGCAGGCAGCUAACCCAUCUGUAUGAUGUGUACAGGGCAGGAAUGUGCUUCUGUGGAGAAGGGAAAGCUGAGCCUUGCUCAAGCAGCAUGACUAGCCCCUAGGCUCACUGCCAUAAAAACUAUGCAGCAAACUCAUCCAUCAGAUCUGACAGCUUCUUCAAAGCAUCCUGCAGGUGGGUUCCUCCAUUCCAUGGGAUGAGCUGAGCUCACAGCCCUCUGAAAAGCCCAAAGCGAGUGUGAGCCAAGGGUCCUACCUGUGCACGUAGUAACAACUUGUACUUAAUGUCCUCUCCCUAAUCAACUUUUUCAGGCUAUGAAACAGCAAUUCUGUUCCCGAUGCGCUCCAGAAAGAUCUUUGGGAGUGUUCAUCCAACAGCUGCGAUGACCCUCUCCUCCUUCACCAUUUGCAUCUGGGUCAAAGCAACGGAGGUUUUGGACAAAACCAUCGUCUUCUCCUAUGGAACAAAACUCAAUCCCUAUGAGAUUCAGCUGUACCUCAGCCAGCAGUCUGCAGUGCUCACCGUAGGUAAUGCCCAGCACAAGCUGGCUGCCAGGAAUGUGGUGGUUCCUGGGAGGUGGAUCCAUCUGUGUGGCACCUGGAGCUCAGAUAACGGGACCGCAUCGCUGUGGGUGGACGGAGCGCAAACGGCCACAGCUGUGGGCAUUGCUGACACUCAUGUUGUUCCUGAUGGAGGAAUUCUGCAGAUCGGCCAAGAGAAGAACGGCUGCUGUGUUGGAGGAGGGUUUGAUGAAGCUUUGGCCUUCUCGGGAAAGUUAACAGGGUUGAACCUGUGGGACAGAGUGCUCAGCACUGAGGAGAUAGCAGCGCAGGGCGGAGAGGAUGCGUGCAGCUCCCGGGGCAACAUUGUGGGCUGGGGAGUCACGGAGGUUCUGCCUUAUGGAGGAGCUCAGUAUGUUUCUUAAGCUCCAGUAAAGCAGUUUCUGAAGCAGAGCACAUUCCAUUAAGAGCAGAACACCAGUGUACGUACAAGGAACGGAGCUGAAGAAGCCUGUAUCUCCCCAGCUCCCAAGGCAGAUUGGCACCGCAAAUUCACGCAGUGAGAUGCUGUGGGGGUGGGAUUUGAUCUCCGCCUGCUCUUUAGGCAGAACGCUGAAAAUACCACAUCCAGACUUGACAUUGGAUAAGCCAUUCCUGAGGUCAGACAACCACCGUCUCUCUAACUUAUGCUGAAAGCUGAGUGCCACUGUGGGCACCUCAGUGCUGCCCGGGGCUCCUGCCCAGACCUGGCAAUGCCAAGCAGGGUCUGCACACCUCCCAGCCUUCCCUGGCCGUUGCUGCUCACCCUCUGGCAUAAGCUGUACAAGGGAAGCCCAUCAGCCAAGAAGCGUGUUGUUUAUUAAGUGUUGUUAGUGAUCUGUAGGCUACAAAUAGAACUAGCUUCUUGUUUAAAGCAUUUUUAGUGCCACCGACUGACCCAACACAUAGGAGUGAUAUUCACCAUCAUAAUCUGAUAUGUUUCAAGAAAGUGCAGCUGUAUUAUACUGUAAAUUGACUUUGUCGUAAUUUUAUUGAGAUUAUUUUUGUAAAGUUGUUUUGUAAAUAAAGAUACUUUACUAAACGAAGGCCUUCCUGUGAUUCAUGGUUUUCAUCAACCGAAGCUCUAAAUAAAUAGAAAACUGGAUUUUCCCCAUGUUUUUAAGUGCUCCAUUUUAAUAGCUAAUAGAGAAGAAACAAAUAUCAAGUCUGAUAGAGAUGGAGAGCCCCUCGGAGGGCUGCAGGCCAACACCAGCCAGAGGCAGUGCCUAACACUGCAGUCUGAGAAGUUUCUUGACAUUUGUUGCCCCACUCAUUGCUGAAUGCAAUGCUGCUAUCCAACCCUUCCUUCCACCAUACAGAAGUAGUAAGAAAUAAAAGUGAUGACGAUGGCAUUUCCACUUUACUAUGCCAUUUGGGGGGGGGGGGGGAGUUGUGCUUUGUGGCUAAAGCCACGUGUUCUGCUUCAGCAUUCCAGCCAUGCUGUACAUUUAAGGGAAAAAGAAAUGCUCAGAGAGCUGCAAUUUCCACCGCAAUAGGAGUUACCUAAACACUCAGCAAUGAGCACAACUGAAAGUUCUUACAAAAUAAGAUGUGCAAAUAACCUGAAUUAUGGGAGAGUGAAAGGUUACCUCUGUUCAUCUGCUGACUUCAGAGGAACACUCAAGUUCCCAACAUUGUGCAAGCAAUGAAGCACUCUCAAGCCCCUUUUCGGCUGCCCUCCAUUAAGUGAAAACAAAUGUCCCUGGGAUGUAGCAGAACCAGCAAAAUCCUCACAGAUUACCAGCAGUGGUUCCUGGCUGCUUUUCUUGCCAUUCCUCAUACCUGGGAUGCUUUGGUUUUUGGGAAGCCUUUUGCUAUCUCCGCACUGCUUUGGCCCAUUACCAAACACAACCCAGUCAUUCCCACUGACUCAGCUGGAAUGCUUUCCAACCACUAUUGCUUUGCAGCAACUGUGGAUCAGCACAGCUUCCCCAUCAGCCAGCAGCUACCUCCAUCAGCACCCAUUCCCUCCUGCCCUGGCUGAGCUGUAUCUGAACAGGCCCUUUGCCUGCUUGGAAAACACAAAUUAAAAGUAUUUGGGAGAGCAUUUUGCCAGCAUUACCAAUGCAGAGUGCCCUCCUGCAACCUGCAGCUCCCCUCUCUGAUUAUCCACAGCAACAUCUGCUGGUGGAAUAUCAUACAUACAGGAAGGCCAGCAGUCAGCUGUGGAUGUUUGCCACUCUUCUACAUUCAUGACUGUACUGUAAAACUCAUCACACUCCAUGUUUCCAUUCAUCCCCAGUGGUAAUACACAACAUAAGCAUCUAAAUCCAAUGCCACAAGCCCUAAAAGAAUGAUCACUACCAACCCACAAAGCCACAGGGAUAUCCUGCUCCUGGACCAGUCAGUUUGUACUAUCCCACAGCUCAUACUUAUUGAUUGCAUUUGUCCUUAAACCAAUUAGACUAAUUUGUACCAUCUUAAGCACCACAUUACUUUCUAGCUCAGGGUAUCUCUCCAAAUUAAAAAGAAAAAAAAAGCACAAAAUUAAUGAAUUCAAGGGCUUAACAUUUUCACAACGAUAUACAUGGAAUAAUCAGACAGCUGUUGGCAAUUCUUACUAUUACCUGUGCUCGGAAAAACAAACUGAUUUUCUCCUACAACAGCACUGUAUUGCAACUGUGAAAUUGACAACGUUGGCCAGAUUGGAAUUCCUUUUUUAGAGCUCUGAAUAGUUCUGGUUCCUUUUUAAACCACAGAAGUAAAAUGUAAAGAGUUUAGCAGCAGAACCAUCUGAAGCUACUGAUGUAGGCGAGAGUGCAGCAUCACCAUAAGGCUUUUACAUCUGACACAGGGUGGGAUCCAUUUCAUCCUCAUUUCUAUUUUGGAGUAUUGCCACUGACACUAAUAGAAAGGAGAAGAGCCCAGUAACUGCAGCCUCCUAUCACAGCUCCUUACUUGCACUCCAUUAGCACAGUGCACUAACAGCUACAGAGAGAUUUCCUGCCCUGGGGGUCACCUAAUCUACAACGAAUCUCCCAUAGUCCAAAGGGUUCAUUAAGUUCACAUAUUCCCCAGAGGUGUUCCUUGGUUAAUUUCUGUUCAUUUAGAUUGCCUUACUCACUCAAUCACACGUUUAUGAACGUUUGUAUGUUCCAUACACACACGUCACAGGGUGGGCUCGGCGAUCUAGUAUUAAAUGUGGAGGUUGCUGGCCCUGCCUAUGGUGCAGGGUUGGAGUUUCGUGAUCCUUGAGGUCCCUCCCAACCCUAUGGGUUGGAUCCACGU